UACCGGUUGAGCGUUUAAACAAAACAGUCAAAGUACACAAACCUUCAAACACUGGAGCAGACAUACCAUCAGAAUCCUCACAACUCACAGCAAUGAUCUUACACUACUUAGUGGAAUAUCUUGAUUUUAAGAGCUGGCUUUUAGGAUUUUUUAUUUUCCUACUAUUUCUUGAUGCCAUCAGGAACAAAAAUCCAUCCAAUUUUCCACCAGGACCAUGGCCCCUACCUUUUGUGGGAAACAUUUUCACUGGGCUUGACUUCAAAACAAUAGACAAGCUUGCUGAGAAGUAUGGAGAAGUUUUCAGCCUACGUUGGGGCAGUGAGAAAACUGUGUUUAUUUCUGGACAUAAAAUGGUGAAGGAGGCUCUCAUUACUCAGCUGGACAGCUUUGCAGACCGACCUGUUGUCCCUCUCUUUCACAAAAUCUUUAACGGACUUGGUGUUGCUCUCAGUAAUGGGUACCUGUGGAAAAACCAGAGGAAGUUUGUCAUCACACACCUACGCCACUUUGGUGAAGGGAGGAAGACCCUAGAGCUGAGUAUCCAGCAGGAGAACAUCUUUCUGUGUGAUGCUUUCAAAGCAGAACAGGGUCCUUUUAAUCCCCAGUUUUUCAUCAACAAUGCAGUCGCAAACAUCAUCUCUGCACUAGUUUUUGGUCAUCGCUUUGAAUACCACGAUGAGAAUUUCCCGAAUAUCUUGUGUUUGGAUGCUGAAGCCAUUGUUUUGGCAGGUUCUGACCGAGCUCAGCUGUAUAAUGCCUUCCCUCGCCUCUUUGAAUACCUUCCUGGUCCGCAUCAGAAGAUGUUUGCCAACUACACAAAAAUAAUAGAGUUCCUAAAAGAAGAAAUAAGAAAACACAAGGAGGACUGGGAUCCCUCAAAUCCUCGGGAUUUCAUCGACAGUUACUUUCUAGAAAUGGAAAAGAAAAAGAGUGAUCCUGAAGCUGGAUUUAAUGUCGAGACGUUAUUGAUUGCAAUGCUGGACAUGCUUGAAGCAGGGACAGAAAGCACAGCCACUACAAUACGCUGGGGUCUUCUCUUCAUGAUGAAGUAUCCUGAGAUACAGAAAAAGGUACAGGCAGAGAUAGACAAAGUUAUUGGACAGUCACGCCAGGCCAGCAUGGCCGACAAACCCAACAUGCCCUAUACUGAGGCUAUUAUUCAUGAGAUUCAAAGGAUGGGCAACAUUGUGCCUCUGGGUUUAUCCAAGAUGGCUUCUAAAGAUACUGUACUGGGUGGAUUCUUCAUACCAAAGGGCACAACUGUGACUACAAACCUAUCAUCUGUGCUUAAGGACAAGAACGAGUGGGAAACGCCAGACAUGUUUAACCCAGGACACUUUCUGGAUGAUCAAGGCCAGUUCCUGAAGAAGGAUGCUUUCCUUCCCUUUUCAGCAGGUAAGAGAUCAUGUGUGGGGGAGCAGCUGGCUCGUAUGGAGCUCUUCCUGUUCUUCACCUCUCUGUUGCAGUGCUUUACAUUCUCCCCUGGUCCUGGAGACGAUCUCAGCUUGGAAGGCCAGCUGGGCUUCACAUAUGCACCCAGACCUUACUGCAUGUGUGUCACCCCACGCUAAGAGCCCAUACACAAAUAUAUACGCUUUUAAGCUAUUUGUUGUAAGAAAAUUUAUUUUGACCCCUAUGAUAUAUUCCAACAGCUAUGUUCUAUUUUAAUUAGAAAUUACAAGCAUGAAGACUUUUAUUUUGGUUUAUAGUACAGAAUAGCUACAAUGCACAAUAUAUUGUUUGACAUGAUUCAGUUUUAACCACACUAUAAUUGAAAUAUUUCUUCAAACACCUUUGCUUUUGGCAUAUAUUGUAUCUCAGAAAAGUAAGUACACCCCUCACACUUUUAUAAAUAUUUGAUUAUAUCUUUUAAUGUGACAAGACUGAAAAAAUGACACUUUGCUACAAUGUAGUGAGUGUAUAGCUCACUACAUAUACAGUGUAUAGCAAAGUAGUGAGUGUAUAGCUUGUGUAACAGUGUAAAUUUGCUGUCCCCCCACAUUGUAGCAAAGUGCCAUUUUUUCAGUGCUGUCACAUUAAAAGAUAUAAUCAAAUAUUUACAAAAAUGUGAGGGGUGUACUUACUUUUCUGAGAUACUGUAAUUCAGUCCUAUUUUAUUUGUAUAGUGCUUUUAACAAUUGAUAUUGUCAUAAAGCAGCUUUACAGUAAUAUAUAAAUUCAGAAUAUAAAAUUGAAAUGUAUGAAUAUAUCCCUAAUGAGCAAGGAAAAACUCCCUGAGAUGAUAUGAGAAAGAAACCUUGAGAGGAACCAGACUCAAAACGGAACCCAUAUUCGAUCGAUCGAUCUACAAACUACUUUCACACACUACAGACAAUUUGGAAAUGCCACUCAACCUACAAUGCAUGUUGAACUGGGGUACGAAACUGGAGUACCUGUCGGAAACCCCUGCAGCAUAAGGAGAACAUGCAGACUCUGCACACACAGGGUGGAGGAAUCCCAACCCCGGAGGUGCAAGGCAAACAUGCUAAUCACUAAGCCACCAUGCCCCCAAUAUAAAAGCAUUACAAACAUUAUGUUACAUAUAGUUUUCUUUACCAUAACUGUCUAAGAUAUUCAUUAAUAUAAACACGUUCAAAGUA